GAAAAAAAAGAAAGCAAAAAAAAUAAGUAGAAAAAGUAAUUUCUUCCCAAAUGACCACAAAUUAUAUUCUUCAUGCAUGUCUUUAAAUAAAUCGCAGUGUCCGCUAUAUGAAUCUAAUAUAAAAUAUUCACUUUGUGAUAUCUUGAUACAUAAUUUAGAUAUCAUAAUAAUUGGUUUUAAUCCUGGUGUUGUUUCAUCAAUUAUAGGGCAUCAUUAUGCCGGGAAAAAUCAUUUUUGGCAUUGUUUAUACCAAGCACAUUUAAUUCCAGAAAAAUUGAAUGCUACAGAUGAAUUGAAAGCUUUAUCAUAUGGUAUUGGAUUUACUAAUAUUGUUCAAAGAACUACAAUUACUAGUGGAAAUCUAACUAAAGAUGAAUUAAAAAGUGGUGCAAAGUUAUUGUUAGAAAAAAUUAUAUUUUAUAAACCAAAAAUAGCAGUUUUUAAUGGAAUAGGAAUAUACAAAAGUUUUAGUCAAAAAAAAGCUUUUAAUUUGGGUAAGCAACCAGAAAUUGUAGGAAAUACAAGUGUUAUCUAUGUAAUGCCUUCGUCAAGCGCUCGUUGCUCACAAUUACCAAGAUUACAGGACAAAUUAAAGUAUUUUGUAACUUUGAAAAAACUGUUAGAUUAUAUCAAAGGUUACAAUAUAGAAAUUGAUCCUAAUGUUGAUUUUAUAUUUCCAAAUAUAAAUGCAUAAUACCUUCAUCAUGUUUCAUAUAUAUAACAAAUCAAAUGGAAUUGUUG